UGCUAUGACCGUUUUGUCUUUGACUUUGUAAAGAUAUCCGUCUCCGUCUCUUCCUCUGAUUCCUCUCUCUUGUUUUUCACCCUCUCUUUUAAUCUCCAAUCCCUUAGCAUAUCAAAUCUAAAGGAUUUCGUUGAUCUACGCCGUCAGUUUCGGUAUUUUUAGAGGAACUUAGAUUGUUGAUUUGGUUUCAUUUAAUUAUAAUUAAUUGAUUAAUUACUCGAAAAGGAGGUUUUUUUUUUUUUUUUUAUUCUUUCGUUUUUGAAAUGGCUUCGAGUUUUGAUCGGUGGGAGAAAGAUCCUUUCUUCUCUGUGGCUGAAGAAGUUCAGGAAUCUGCUGACAGGAUGGAAUCGACAUAUAGGACAUGGAUAGACGCCAAAAAACCCGAUUCUAGUUCAUGGAAUUUCGAGGAACUUCGUAGGGAUCUGCGUACCGCCCUUAGCACUACCAAAUGGCAGUUAGAGGAGUUUGAAAGGGCUGUCCAAUCAAGUUACAGUCAGUGUUCAAGUGAGGAUGCAAGACAUAGGCAUCGUGAAUUUAUUGUAGCAAUUGAGGAUCAGAUUUUAAAGAUAGAAAAAUCUUUGCAGGAAUCAGCCCAUUCUGAGGGUAAGACAUCAAUGCAUUGGGUGCGUUUGAAUGAGGGUGAAUGCAAUGAACUUGCUUUAUUUUUGUCCGGACCGUCUGCAUCUGUAGACAAGAAACUUCCUCCUAAGAGUCAUGGUAGGGAUAAUGAAAUUCCACGAGGAAUCAAUAAAGAAUCAGUGCCAGAUUGCUUGAAGAAUGCAGGUCAGUCUGUUGAUUGGAGCUCCUCUGAGGCUAAGGACGAGAAGUCACAUGGGCAUAGGAGGACUGCUAGUGCUAGUGCUGACAUUGGUGCUUGGAAGAUUGCAAUUGUUGAUGAUGUUUUACAGCAGAAUUCUUCCAAUGGUCAGCCCUCUAUUCCUCCACGUAAGGUACCAAGCGUCUCUGGUUUCCUAAAUUCCAUGGAAUCUGUAGCCAAGUUGAAGUGGUCAAAGAAUGGAAUCAGGAAGUGUAAGGCAGUAGAUCAUCAACAAGAGUCUGAUACAGAGUUGUUGAGACCUCCACAGUUGGCAACGGGCAGUAACACAUGCAAUGAAAGAACUAGGAGUUGCCUAGAUUGUGAUGAUUGUUAUAAUAAGCAACUUUACGGCUGGUAUGGGGCUAUUCAAAGACAGCUUCAAAGGUCUCAGUAUCAAAUGCAAUAUGGUCGUCCCAUUAAACUAGCAGUUUGGUUUGUCCUCUUACUUUGCUUGAUUGUUUUAAUCGCUUAUCAUAGAAUAUGAAGGACAGAGUAUCUUUGGGCGGCAGUUUAUAUUCAGUGGCUAAUUGUUUGGUCGAAGGUGGUUGAGGAGUAUAUGUUGUGCAGAUUAUGCUGUCGCUGGAUGUUAUACCGAUCCAGGUCUUGGGUGAAGGUAGUAGAACAAAAAGCAAUAGCACCUUUUGUCCCUACUCUUUUCCUUGACCACUUCUUGUCUCUCCGUUCCGAUUGUUACUUUGCAGAUAAAGGGCAGGUCUGUUUGUUCAAUUAAGGAGCCGAGGGAUGACGGAGUUGAACUGAAGCUGUCGGAUCUUGUAAUAUUAUGCUCUUUCUUUUUCAUUUCAGAGAGUACUCUGUAUUAGUACAAAGCCUGUAGCAUUUCAAUCCCCCUUCCUCACCUUAUUUCGUUUUCAAGUUGUAACUAAUUACGAAGUGUAGAAAAGAAGUGGGAAAUUUAAUUUAUCAGACCUCAGUUAUGGAAAGUGUUGAAGUUCCUUGUCUCAUCUCAUUUUUUGCAUGGUUACUAUUGUGUUUGGUAAGAAGAAAAGAGAAAGGAAAUGGUGUGAAAAGAAUGACCGCGUCGCCUCUAUCUUCCUAGUUUCAAGUCACAUACUGAUCUUAUAUCCUGUUAAUUAGAUGCUGCAAAAGUACAUAGCUUAGGAGUUCCAACUUUUUCACCGUUAGCCGUUGAUUCAACUCAUUUAUAUUUCGCUUUGCAAGAGUUUAGCUUUUGAAGUCUAAAACGCAGAAUUUUUUGCUGUAAUAUUUACCAAUUGUCAUGGUAAUUGAAUAUGGUAAUUCUCCUUGCAACAGUCAUCAACUGCGAC